AUGGCAACAGUGUAAAGCCCUCUCAUCAAGCCAUGAGAAAGCGGUGAGUGCAUGGGAUGGCGGUGAGAAGGGGAGGGGGUGCUGCAAGAUUCUGAAGGUGAACUUUGUGGUGCCCUUUUUCUUUUCAGUCAAUGCUUCAUGUCAUGUCAAGGAUGAAAUCAAAAACUUUUUUUUUUGUCAGAGGAGACUGGAGGAUAAAGGUUGUUGUGACUCCUAGUUUUUUCCUGAAAGGAGGGGAUACCCACGGUCGGACAGACAGACAGGAGCUGAGGACACUGGUCAUCUGAAUGCAUUGGUUUAGUAGGGUGUAGGACAGCGGCCUCCACAGCUAUGAGGAGCUUGCUCGUGUGUUUGUGUUGUGUGCUUCUGGACCUCACAACAGUCCAAAGUCGUGUGCUCAUGCAGGGCCGUAUUGUAGGCGGACACACUGCUGCACCAAACUCCAUCCGAUACAUGGUGUCACUGCAGAGCACCAGGGGUCAACACUUCUGCGGGGGAUCACUGGUUCACAGAUACUGGGUGCUAACUGCAGCUCACUGUAACAUUGGGGCAGAGCACAUGAUGAUCGUUGCAGGCGACUACAUUGUGAAUUCCUUCGAGGGCACUGAGCAGUACGCUAAACCCCACAGGCUGGUCACCCAUCCGCUCUACAACGAGAGCACCAACAAUGCUGACAUCAUGCUCAUUAAGUUGCGAGCCCCCAUGGUCCUGAACCGAUAUGUCUCUCUGGCGCCUUUGCCCAAGCAGGGGACAGGAGUGGUCGAGGGCUUGGUUUGUCGUGUGUCUGGGUGGGGCUACAACAGUGCAGGUGGAGGCCGGGCCCCCUUCACCCUCAGAACUGUGACUGUACCGAUUGUUUCGAGUGCAAGGUGUAACAGCAGCGAGUCAUUUAAUGGAAACAUCACAGCGAACAUGAUCUGUGCUGGCUACAGGACUGGAGGAAAAGAUGCAUGCAAGGGAGACUCUGGGGGGCCUCUGGUGUGUGGGGGGCUUGUCUACGGUGUUGUCUCCUGGGGCAACGGCUGUGGUAAUGCUAAGUUUCCAGGAGUCUACUCGGCUGUGUCCAAAUUUCGCCGGUGGAUUGACCAAAACAUCUACCGCUCACACUAUCGCUGUACCAGAUACUGAUGAAGAAGAUAAUAAAAAUGCUGUAUACUGAGUUUUUUGGAUGGAGACUUAUUUUUCUAGUUCUCCGAGCCACUGCUAUUCUGAUCAUGU